CUUCCACAUCUCCACAGCAGUAUCUUCAUUAUGGACUACUCUUCCUGGAGCCUACGUUUCCAGAUCAUUGGCCUGGGGUUUUCCGUCUACACCUUUGUCUUCCUCCUCUCACACCUCAUGUCUGCCGCAUGCUUUCUCACCUACCGUAAUCUAACUGCUAAGGAGAAGGUUUUCUGGGACCUGGCCGCCACACGGGCAGUUUUUGGGAUCCAGAGCACGGUAGCCGGGCUGCGGGCACUAAUGGAGGACUCUUCAGUGAGUGCGGAUAAGGUGCGGGGACAAGAGGACUGGUCUUGGUUUAACGUGCUGACGGCCACAGGGUUCUUUCUCUUUGAGAAUGUUGCGUUGCAUGCCUCUAAUGUGGCGUUUCGUUCCUUCGAUCUGCCCUUGGCUGUUCACCACUUCUUUGCCCUGUCAGGGUUCGCAGGAGCAGUGGUGUGGGACUCUCUAGGCCACUUUCUGCCCAUGGUGACCCUGCUGUUGGAGAUGAGCACACCAUUCACUUGUAUUUCUUGGAUGCUGUUGAAGGCUGGCUGGUCCCGGACGCUCUUCUGGAAGGCCAACCAGUGGAUCAUGAUCCACAUGUUCCACUGCCGCAUGGUGCUGACCUAUUACAUGUGGUGGGUGAGCUGGAAUCACCUGGAGGAGCUGAACAGCCACGUGGCCCUGCCCCAGAGACUGCUGUUUUUUAGUGGUCUGGCCCUUCUCACCUUGAUCAUCAAUCCCAUCUGGACUCACAAGAAGACCAUGCAGCUCCUCAAUCCAGUUGACUGGAACUUCAGCAAUAAGCCCGCCCCGGACAACGGCCCGGUCCACAACCGCAAAAAACCCCAUGCCAGCUGAUUUCUAGAUUGUGGUAAAAGAAAAGUGCGUGUGCAUGUGUGUGCGCAUGUGUGUGUAUGAGAGUGUAGCUG